AUGCGAGUGGCACUCCUCGUGAUUGAUAUGCAGCACGACUUUAUCCACGGGUCACCGUCGCAGGACGACCAUCCAGAAGACCACAUUUCCUUUGCCGAUACGCACAAUACAGAACCGUUCCAGGAGCGCUGCGUCGCACACCCCAUUAUACCCGAAGCAACCCUUUUGCAAAUGAUGUGGCCAAAGCAUUGCGUACAAAACACGAAAGGCGCCGAGAUCGUCCCCAGCGUCAAGAAAGCACUGCAAUCCAAGCAGGCGUCCGGCACGCCGGUGUACUACGUCAGAAAAGGCCAAGAUGCCCGCAUAGACUAUUAUUCUGCCUUUGCAUCACAAGAAUACGUGCGAUUCACCGAGUUGUCCAAGCUAUUGCACAGCCAACAACCUUGUCCCAUCGAUACCGUUGUUGUGUGUGGCAUUGCUACCGACUAUUGUGUGAAAAAUACCGCAAUCGAUGCGUGCAAGUUUGGUUUCCGGACGCAGGUCGCAAAUGACUGCAUACGCGGUGUUUUCGACGCUACGUCUUCUGCAGCGCUGCGCGAAAUGCAGGCGUACGGUUGUGAGAUGGUGUAA